CUACAAUUUUAAAACAAACUCUCACAACAGCUCAAAAAACUAAAUUUAAUAUGUUAGUAGCUGAAUGGAUUAUAUCAGAUACUUUACCUUUUUCUAUUGUUUCAAGCCAAUCAUUUGCUGCUAUGAUCCGAUAUCUUAAUAUUAGUAUGUACGUGCCUUCACGUGAUAUUAUUAAGUCUAUCAUUCAAAAAGCCUUUGCUGUAAUGAAAAAAGAUAUUCAGUCUCUUCUUGAACAAAUUUCUAGUAAUGAAAUUGAUACUAAAUUGCACUCUGUUCUUGCGGCUUUUAAUAUUACUAACAAGCUUCUUUGUGCUACUACCAAUGGAGGUUCUAAUGAUAAUUUGAUUUUAAAUAAUUAUAAUUUUCACUUUCAAUCUCAUCGCUGCUUGGCACAUGUCUUGAAUAUUAUCGUUACAACUGGUUUAUCGCCUAUUAAACAAUUAAUUGAAAAAGUGUGUAAUUUUGUUAAUGUUAUCUCAUCAUCAUCAUCUAUAACUCAGGAAUUUAAAGAACUCGGUCAAUCGGUUGGUGAAGGUGAAGCAACUUGUAAAAUUCUACAGGAUGUUUCAACCCGCUAG